CCAGGCAGAAACCAGAGAUGACCAAGGAAGAAGACCUACCAGACUGGACCUCAUCCAAGGAGUUUUAUGAAAAAUAUGAGCCGAAGGAGAUUUUGGGCAGGGGGGUGAGCAGCGUUGUCCGUCGGUGCAUUCACAAAACCACCCAGCAGGAGUAUGCUGUGAAGAUCAUCGACAUCACAGCGGGCAACAUCUCCCCCAAGGAGGUGCAGGAGCUGCGAGAAGCCACCACUAAAGAGAUCGACAUCCUUCGGAAGGUCUCAGGCCACCCCAAUGUCAUCCAGCUGAAGGACAGCUAUGAAUCCAGCACCUUCUUCUUCUUGGUGUUUGACCUGAUGAAGAGAGGGGAGCUCUUUGACUACCUCACAGAGAAAGUCACCUUGAGUGAGAAGGAAACCAGGAAGAUCAUGCGUGCGCUGCUGGAAGUGAUCCAGUACCUCCACUCCAUCAACAUCGUCCACCGGGACCUGAAGCCGGAGAACAUCCUCCUGGAUGAUGACAUGAACAUUAAGCUGACGGACUUUGGCUUCUCCUGCCAGCUGCAGGAGAACGAGAAGCUCAAAGAGAUCUGUGGCACCCCUGGCUACCUGGCCCCUGAGAUCUUGCAGUGCUCCAUGGACGACGAGCACCAAGGCUACGGGAAGGAGGUUGAUAUGUGGAGCACGGGGGUGAUCAUGUACACCCUGCUGGCCGGCUCGCCCCCCUUCUGGCACCGCAAGCAGAUGCUGAUGCUGAGGAUGAUCAUGAACGGGGACUACCAGUUCGGCUCCCCGGAGUGGGACGACCGCUCGGACACCGUCAAGGACCUGAUCUCCCGGUUCCUGGUGGUGGACCCGCGGCAGCGGUACACGGCCAGCGAGGCGCUCGCCCACCCCUUCUUCCAGCAGUACGACGUGGAGGAGGUCCGGCACUUCAGCCCCUUCCGCAAGUUCAAGGUGAUCUGCCUGACCGUGCUGGCCUCAGUGCGCAUCUACUACCAGUACCGGCUGGUCAAGUCGGUCACCAGGGAGCUGGUGGUGCGGGACCCCUACGCCCUGAAGCCCGUCCGCAAGCUGAUCGACGCCUGCGCCUUCAGGACCUACCGGCACUGGGUGAAGAAGGGGGAGGCACAGAACAGGGCUGCCCUCUUCGAGAACACCUGCAAGGCCAUCUUGCUGACCUUGGCAGCCGAGGAAGAGCUCUUCUGAUCCUUGCUGCCCAAGCCAGUAAGUUUGCUCAGAGUUAAGGCGAGUAAAAGCUUUGAAAAC